CAUUGACGUGGGCGGCUGGAUUUAUCGGACCGUUCGCUGCCUGUAUUGUCGGGUUAACAGCCGUUACAAUUGAUACAACAACAUCGGUGGCUAGGAGAGACGUCCAUUCAAUCUUAAAGAUGAUAUCCCAGGAGAAUUGCAACAGGGGUCUAAUUAUGCCAUAUAUGCUGUAUGAUAUCCUCGAGUUUCCAUCCGUUACGGAGUACAAGCUGGAUGCAUUCACGAUAUUCUUGACGAGUGGACAGCCUAUACCCGAUGUUAUAUUUGACGGAAUCCUAAAAGCACUGCCGAAAUCAAGUAUGGUUGCAUCUUAUGGAACAACUGAAACAUAUGUAAUAUCUUGUCAAUUUCAUGAUGUUACCCCAGAUGUAAAGGCAGACCAAAUGGGAACGAUUGGCUACCCUUUCCCUGGUUUUGAAGUCAGGAUAACUGAUGAUAACGACCAGUUGGUACCAGACUUUGGAUACCUCACCGAAAAGGGCUACCUUGUCUUCACAAGUAAAUCGUGCGGCAUGAUAAAACGUGGAACCGUCCUCAUAGCUCCAGGAAGCAUAGAAAACGUUAUUCUGGAUCAUCCAGUGAUCAGCAAGGUCAUUGUUGUGGGGGUCCCUGAUCCUAGACUUUAUGAGGAGUUAUGCGCAUGCGUCGUACUUCACCCUGGUGAAUCUACAACAGAAAGGGAUAUUAUCGAUUAUUGUAACGAAAAAUUCACUGAACAAACUCUUGAUGGACUGUCAUCAACGCCAAAGUUUGUGAUCAUAAUGGAAGACUUUCCGAAGUUGCCGAAUGGUAAACCAGAUAAAAUUAGCCUCGGGAAGUUGGCGGCAAACAAGUGUUUUACUUAA